GGAGAGAUCAACUUCGGGGACAUACAGUCCGAGAAGGGUUACGACAAAUACCGGGCUUACUCUCAGAGCAAACUCGCGAACAUACUGUUCACCCGCGAGUUGGCCGUACGGCUCGCGGGCACCGCAAUCACGUGCUAUGCCCUACACCCGGGUCUCGUCAACACCGACCUCCAGCGGCACCUCGACGGCUGUCUGUCCGUUAUGUUCACACUAUUCAACCGUAUCGUCCAAAUUGACGCCGAGUUGGGCGCUCAGACUACACACUACUGCGCGCUCGAGCCCUCCCUGGCCAACGAGACGGGCCGCUACUACAAGAACUGUAGCCGAGUGGACAGUAUGGUUGACAACGCGGUGGACGACUUGGCCGCUAAGAAACUCUGGGAACUGAGCUGUAAAGCGGUGGACAUCGAAGACAAAUACAAAUAUUGAAAACACCAAUGAGUUUGCGAUCGGAAAC